UUUUAGAGCUAAAUAAAAACAAUUUGAGAUCAGAAUAUUCAAAACCCUUUUCCCUCUGCCCCUUCUUAAUCGCCAGAUACAUAUAUAUUCUCUUUUCUCUCUCUAUCUCUCUCUCUUUCUAUAUAGAUACAUAUAUACAAUAUAGAUCCAUACACAGAUAAAUAGCUAGUAUAUACACAGAUUGCGGGGUAUGCUGAAGAUGAGCAGCAGCGACAGCAAUAGUGGGGUUGCUGGAGGAGCAGAGGUAUGCAAGGGUUCAAUUCCGAGCAGUGUGUGGAAGACGAUCCAGCAGAUAAAGGAGAUCACCGGGAAUCACAGCGAGGAGGAGAUAUAUGCGAUGCUCAAAGAAUGCUCCAUGGAUCCUAAUGAGACUACCCAGAAGCUCAUCUUUCAGGAUACCUUUCAUGAAGUAAAAAGGAAACGUGAUCGGAGAAAAGAGAAUGUGAACAAUAAGUCUGGAGAGCUUAAUUGGAAAGCAGGCACACAGGGGCAGGGGAAUAAAGGUGGCUUUGGAAACUAUUCAUCUUGUUAUGCAUCUCAUGAUGCCGGUGGUGGAAGGAAGUUAAUUUCUGGUAAGGUAAAUGGAAUCAGCCAAAUUUUGGAGAAGAGCAUUAGCCCAACCUCCAUCCCUAGUUCUCAGACAGAGAAUAAUAAUACAAGCUUGUCAAUAGCUUCACCUAAUGAACCUAGUGGUGUAGCUUAUGCACCAACUACAGGUGCUGUUGCUGGUAAGUUGGAGGGGCAACCAGAGCAUCUUAUUGAUGCAAAGAAAAGCCCCAAAGUUGAAGAAGUGACCAGCGAUAUGCAUGGCCAGCAAAUGCAGAAUCCCAGUAACUCUACUGCUACCAAUGCCUCAUUUCCUUCAUCAGGAGUUAAUUUCUCUGCUUCCGAUCCAGUGCCAUUCCCAUCACAAGGUGCACAGCCUGAUGGUAUGGGUGCAAUUCAACAUGAAGUAGGAAACCGGCAUGCUCCUGAUGAACACUUACCUUCCAACUCCAAUGAUAACGAAGUGACUUCUGCCACUUCUGAGGUUGGGAGCUCAGAUGUGCAAGGAAAAAUGCCUAACAAGUCCCAGGGACCUGGAGAGGAUUUGCCUAUAGAAUCCUCACAGCCUGUUUCAACUCUAGAUGGUUGUUCUGUUGGUAGGCUUUCAUCAAAUUACAACAAUCGGUUACUGGUAACCGGGCCACAAAAAGCUGGCACUGUUAAAGAGUGGAAACCAAAAGCUACGAGUGCAAAUCCUGAUCUGGUGUAUGUUACAGCUGUUUCAUCUGAAGUGCCUACAGUUUCAGUUGAACCCAAUGCUGAAGUUCAGCCUAUACCUGUUGCUCUGGGUGCAGAAGAAGCUGGUUUUGACCUUCAAAAGAAGUUUGAGGAGUCUCACAUUUUGGAUGUUCAACAUGUUAUCAUCCCAAAUCACCUUCAUGUACCUGAAGCUGAAAAACUUGGAUUUUGUUUUGGAAGCUUUGAUGCUAUACAUGGCUUAAACACAACCUCAAACAGUGGAACCAAGAAUGAUAAGAAUCCAUCUCUUUCUGAAACUUCUGAUGCUAUUGAAGAAACUGCAAAGGAACAACUUCCAAGUGAUGGAAGUGCAUUGGCAAUAGCAGAUAUGGCAGAUUAUCCUGAUCCUCCACCAUCAUCAUCUUCAGAGGGGCAGGAGAAUCUAUUAUCCAAGGCCAAGGGGGAUGAGCUUUCUUCCUCUAUUGUAGAAUCCAACGAAUCAAAACAAGAGAAUGUGCAUGGUGAUCAUCAAUAUUCCAUUGUACAGACAUCCCCUAACCACAGUGGCAUCAUGCCACCAAUACUAGGCAGUCAGCUUGGACCUCUUGAAAACUCUGAAUCUCAGGCUUGUGACAUUCCACAGCUUCCAAAUGUUGUUGUUCCACAACCAUUUGAUCCAAAAAGCUACUAUCCUCAAUUCUGUCGGUCUAGUGGGGAUGGUGAUGGCCGCAUUUCACCCUUCCAUUCAGCAGGUGUUCAGGCCAAGUACAAUGGAAAUGUUGCAAAUAUAUCCACACAAACUACGCAAUCUAAUCAAGAGGGCGCCAACCCUCUGGUCUUAACUACAGCAGCUGCUGCAUCACUUGUGACUCAAACUGCUGGGCUUCAUCAAAGUUCUAUAGCUGUACCUCAACCCCCUCUUGCAGUAUACCGACAACCAUCUGGGGUGCACCUUACCCACUACCUGCCAAAUUAUUUUCCUUAUGGUCACUAUUUUUCACCAUUUUUUGUUCCACCACCAGUGAUGCAUCAAUUUCUGAGCAAUGGUGCAUUUCCUCAGCAACCCCUGGCUGGCAGUGUUUAUCCACCUCCAGCAGCAGCUGCCAAGUAUUCACUUUCACAAUAUAAGCAGGGAGCUAAUGUGCCAAAUUCAACUCAUGUUGGACUUCCUGGUAGCUAUGGACCAUUUGGUUCAUCGACAGCUAAUUAUAAUCCUCCUUCCGCAGCAACAGCAGGGAAUCCAACAUCUAAUGAAGAUCUUUCUUCAUCUCAAUUGAAGGAGAGUAGUGUUUAUGACAGCGCGCAACAGAAUGAGGGGUCUGGUGUCUGGAUUACUGCACCUGGUCGAGAUGUAUCUAGCUUGCAGGCUAGUCCUUUUUACAGUCUUCCUCAGAGUCACAUGGCGUUUACACCCACACAGCCUGGGCAUGGACCCAUUGCCGGUAUUUAUCAUCCAGUACCUCCAGUUACUAACCCUGCUCUUCUUCACCCACUCCUGCAGCAGUCUCAAGCCAUGGCUGGUCCCGUUGAUAUGGUGGGACCGACAGCUACUGUCUAUCAACAACCACAGUAUUCUCAACUUAACUGGCCAAACAACUUCUAAGGAAUAGUAUUGUUUCACAAACUGGAAACAAGAAAUGCCAAUCCCCACCAUUUUUGCAACUUGGAGGAAACUGCAUGAUGGUAUCAUUUACUGCAGGUUUAGUGUAAAAUGAUGAUUAAGUCAUCCAAACGGACAAGGGAAAAGGAAAAAAAAAAAAAAUAGUUGGCCGGAGACAUCGUCUUUUCAUUGCUUAAGAGGAGGAUUCAAAGGGCGUAAUCCUCCCGCAACAAUUGAUGCCAGUUAGACUUCAUUUAACAGGUACACAUGAAUUGUUUUUCCUGGGCAUUUGUUAGCCCCUCUGAACCUUCAGAUUACUUGGAUAUCUGUGAAAGUUGGACAUUCCUAUAUUACAUUCUGCAUCUUUUCCCUUCUGGAAGGUUAGCCCUCAGGAAAGCAACGAGGUUUUUUUUUUUUUUUUUUUGGGAGUCUAGGAUGUCUAUUGUUUAGGCACAUUCUUUGUUUUGCUUCAUUGUCACUUGUAAAAAGGUUAAUUUUGACAGCAAGAAGGGAUGUACCCGGAUGUGUUGUAAUUGGUUUUGUUAUAAGUAAAAUGCAGCUUUUGUUGUUGGUUCA